AAUUCCCUUGAUUUCAGACCAUAUCAAUAGUCGAUCGGAACGACGUCGUUGGAGUUGGAGUUGGCCGAGGUGAACGCCUCCACCCGCACUAGUCGAGCACGGUUAAGGAAAACUUGUACAGAAAUCAUGGAUCUACAUCUACUACGUCAUAAUUGAACGAAUCCAUAAAUAUCACGACGCCGACACUUCACCUCCUUCCCUCUCCCCUUUCUCUCACUUCUUUUUCGUUUCUACAUAGAGAAAGAGGGAUAACUUAAGAGAUACGGAAUCACGGAUCUUCUCAAGCGAGAUCCCCAGCUGGGCUUUCUGAUUCCUGCAUUUUCGUACGCAACAUACAUCCUUUUGCACAAUAUUUUCGCCCGAACCCUGAUGCCCCACAUUUUCUUUCAAUUUCAAAUUGCAAAUUUUAAUUGUUUUCUCUGUGCCUGUGUAGUGAUUAUGUUGCUCUAUAUUCUGAAGUUUGAGCAAUUUGAUAUCAAUAGAUGUGGCGCUUGAUUUAGGGAUUAUUUGUGCAUAAUGAAAUAGACAUGAGAUUAUAUUGCAAUGUAGUGCUCAAACAGAGAAAAUGCAGUAUGAACUCUGUGCAAGAUUUGUUUUUUCGGAAGAAAUUGUGCUUUUUCCUAGAACACUAACUGGCUGAGGAAUUCCUUUUCUUCCCCUUUUUUUCUUUUCUUCUUUGGGAAGAUUUGGGACAAAAAUAUCUUUGGCUAACUAGCUGAGCAAUUUAUUUUCUUUCCUUUUUUUUUCUUUUCUUCUUUGGGAAGAUUUGGGAUUUCAGUUCUCUGGGUUGGAAUAUCUCGGACUUCUCUUUCAACGAGACCUUACCGCCGUAUUUCAGUUCACUGAUUUUAUUUUAUUCUAUAGAAUUCCAAAUUUCUGCGUUUGUGUGUGCCUCGAUCAUUAGUAAGGGGGUCUCAAGUCUUUCUCUUAAAUCAUUGAUCAUAAAACCCCUUUUUUUUGUUCUCUUUUGCUAACAUCAAUUUACUUGGUGCUUGUUUUCCCCUCUUAUUUAUUUGGUCAUAGUGAUCAAUCAUGAAAAGGGAAUGUAGUUGUAAUUUAUAGUUUGGUUGUUUUCAUGUUAAUCAUCAUGAUCUGCUUGAAUAGAAACAUCUGUGUUUCAUAUGUCUAUUGUUUUAAUGUAUCAAGAAGUUUACAAGUCUUCUUUCUUGCAAAUCAUGCAGGUUUUAUGAGAAUAUAUAAGAUUGUAAUAACGAAAUAUGGCAUCAGAAACGGCUAUCGUUAAAGUUUCAGAACCCACCAUAUCAGAAAGAGAAAAUUUUGAUCUAUCCGGACCUGUGUACCUGACAACAGUUGAUUGGACAAAUCCGUGUGAUCGAAGGUCCGUUGCAGCUAGUUUGGUUCAGGGUGUUUAUAUUUUGGAACGAGACCGCCAAGAGAAACGAGAGGGGAGCCAAGCGCUUGCGCCUCCUUGGUGGAAGGCUUUUAAUUUUGAGUUGUACAGGCAGCUUAUCGAUGAUGCUGAUUCUUGCAUUUUUGGUGCUAUAUAUAAACUCAGUUCAACAUCUCCCGAUGACCAGCAUCCGGCUCAAGCUCCACGCUACGUGGUUGCCUUCCGAGGAACUAUAACCAAAGGAGACGCAUUUAUGAGGGACCUUGAACUCGACAUCCACAUCAUACGGAAUGGUCUGCACCAGACGUCUCGGUUCGAGAUAGCUAUACAGGCCGUUCGCCAUGUGGUUGCUACGUUUGGAAGCAGCAACAUCUGGAUAGCCGGGCAUUCCCUUGGAGCUGCCAUGGCGUUGCUCGCCGGGAAGAACAUGGCAAAGAGUGGCGUUCUCCUCGACGCCUUCUUGUUCAACCCGCCAUUUUUUUCUGCCCCGAUCGAGCGAAUCAAGGACAAGAAAGUGAAGCACGGCCUUCGGUUUGCAGGUAGUGUUAUAACUGCAGGACUAGCUCUUGCCAUGAAGAGCAACCAACAAGCUCAUCGUUCCGGCGGUACGUUCGUCGCCUUGGCCGCAUGGCUGCCGCAUCUGUUUGUGAAUCCGGCUGAUCACAUCUGCUCGGAGUACGUCGGGUACUUCGAGCACAGGAAGCGGAUGGAGGAUAUGGGAGCCGGAGAGAUCGAGAGGCUGGCGACGCAGCACUCCAUCGGAGGCCUCGUGUUGAAUGCAUUCGGUAAGCAGUCAGAGGAGCCGCCACAUCUCAUCCCAUCGGCACACGUCACGGUGAACCGCGCGGCAGCUCGAGACUUCAAACAAGCUCAUGGUAUCCACCAGUGGUGGAGGCCUGAUAUUCACUUUGAAACCAAGACUUACACCUAUAGUUAGAUCAUCCCUACUUCCAUUCCUUUGAUUUGUUAAAUUGAUUCUUGAAAAUGUUGUCUGAAUACUGUAAUGUAAUGAAAGCGUGGUAUUGAUGUUGUGAUA